UUCAUCACAUGGUCGCUGGAAACUACAACAAGGAAGAAGACAUGGCAAGGACAGAAUCCAUCAUAUUUGCUCUGCUACUUGCAGCCACGACUACAACUGCCGACACCAUUACCGCGACAGCCUCCGCCACAACUGCUGCCACCACUGCAACUACGGCCUCCACAACAACUGCUGCCACUACAGCUGCCGCUACAACCGCUGCAACCACCGCCACCACAGCCGCUGCUACAACUGCUGCCUCCGCUGCCACCUUGGAAGCUUGUCGGCCUGCAGUGGUCUUACCUUUCCUGUGAUAAAAUGGCAACCAAGGUAAUCAAAAAGGUCAACCAACGAACGAGAUUUCUCUACAGAAUCUCCUCUCUGGUCAACAAAAGCACCAUGAGGAUUCUGGCGGGAACUCUCGUUCAACCCUUUUUCGAUUACGCAUGCACCUCCUGGUACCCUAGCACCUCCAAAACCCUCAAUUCUAGACUCCAAACAUCCCAGAACAAGCUAGUCAGAUUACUGCUAGACCUCCACCCCAGAUCACACCUCACUCCUACCCACUUCUCUAAAGUGGGCUGGCUCAAGGUGGAGGACAGAGUUAAACAACUUGCACUGAGCCUAGUCUAUAAAAUCCACUACACCUCCCUGAUACCGAAGUACAUGUAAAACUACUUCCUUAACGUAAAUGACAGCCAUAACCACAACACCAGGGGGAGCUCCACUAACCACGUUAAACCCAGAUUCCGAACUAACAAAGGUCUUAACUCAUUCUCUUUCUAUGCCACAUCAAUGUGGAAUGCGCUCCCAACAGGUAUAAAAGAAAGGGCAUCUCUAUCCUCCUUCAAAACCGCACUAAAAGUUCACCUCCAGGCAGCUACAACCCUAAACUAACACCCUCCCCGGAUUGCUAAUAAUCAAAUGUAAACAAUCAAAUGCAGAUACUUUUUCUUAUGCCUUCUUAUCUCUCUCUCUCUCUCUCUCUCUCUCUCUCUCUCUCUCUCUCUCUCUCUCUCUCUCUCUCUCUCUCUCUCUCUCUCUCUCUCUCUCUCUCUCUCUCUCUAUGUCCACUACUUGCUGUCCAUAUCCUACCCCCCCCCCACCCCCCUCCACACCCCUGAUUGUAAAUAAUUUAAAUAAUUCAAUGUGAUUAUCUUGUGUGAUGACU